UGCUUAAAAAGAGGUGAACUCUGGUGAUAGCCAAUUCGGUUGAGAUUAUUGAACUGAUGGAUCCAAGCUUAUAUCAAGCCAUAACAUCUGGAGAUUUGAAUUGUUUUGACAAUUUAAUUGGGAAAAAUGCAAGUAAAUUAUUUCAGGUGACAGCUGACCAAGAAAAUACCAUUCUUCAUGUUGCGGCAAAACUUGAAACGCUCCAAGUAGCAGAGAGAGUAAUAGGUUUAUGUCCGUCGCUACUGCAUAAGCCUAACUACAAUGGUGAUUCUCCACUACAUAUCGCAGCGAGAUUAGGCCGUGUAAGAAUGUGUCGACUUCUUAUUAACUGUGCAGAUUUGUUAGAAGUUGAAGUGGAGAAGGAGCUACUCCGGAUGCAGAAUCUUGACCAUGAUACUGCUUUACAUGAUGCUGUGCGCAAUGGUCACUUUGAGACUGUGCGUUUGUUGAUACAGCAAGAUUCACAGCUCACUCGGGUUAUAAACAAAGCCGGAGAAUCGCCAUUAUUUCUUGCUGUGGAUAGGAGAUCUUAUGAGAUUUCGCAACAUAUUCUUCAAGCUGCUCCUGCAGUAUGCUCGUUUAAAGGAAGAAAUAGCAUGAAUGUCUUGCAUGCAGCAAUCAUUCGAGCGGAACUUGUUUUUAAGAGAAGAAAUAUGGUCGUCAACAUUCUUGCUCGCUGCCUGCUGCUUCACAAGUUCUGCAACUUCCAUUUUAGAAAUGUAUAUAUAUUUGACUCCAUUGGGACAGAUUUCAUGCAUGAGGUGAUGAGAAGAUGUCCUUCUGCAACUUUUGAAUGCGAUAUUGGUGGAUGGAUUCCUCUUCACUAUGCUGCAUCCUCAGGGAAUUCUGAAGUUAUUAACCUUUUGCUUCAUCAUGAUAUCUCCCUUGCUCAUGUGAAGGACCAAAAGGGCAGGACUGCAGUGCACAUUUCUGCAAAAGCUGGACAAGCAGAUGUUAUUCAAAAACUUAUAGAAACUUGUCCAGAUACUUUCGAGUUGUUGGAUGACAAAGGCCGAACAGUUCUUCAUUAUGCUGCAAAGAAAGGAAGAAUUGGACUGCUUGGAAUUUUGCUAAAGACCCUAGAUCUUGAUUAUCUGAUAAAUGCAAGAGAUAAUAAUGGAAACACGCCCUUUCAUCUGGCUGCAUUUAAAAGGCACUUUAAAAUCUUACGCAGGCUAGCAGAUGAUGGCAGAGUUGAUAAAGGGGCUAUGAAUAAUGCAGGCUUGACAGCCCUUGAUAUUGUUGAAUCAAGUACACUGCCUAAACAUCACAUCAAGGCUAGAAUUACGCGUAUACUGAUUAAAAGAGGUUCUCUGCGUAGUAUGGAACAAAGAGCCAUCGUAAAAAAUACUAAACAGAAAGCUAUUGAGGCGAAGAAACAAGGCCAAACACAAAAAGUAGAGAAUAAAGCACAGCCUGAAGAAAGUAAGUCACAGAGAGAUGUUAAGGAGAAGGGAAAAUAUAACUUAGUGGUAUCUACCAUCAUUGCAUCUAUCACCUUUUCAGCAAUAUGCAAUCUUCCUGGUGGGAACUACAGCGACAGCAAAGACAAUCAUCAGAUUGGCAAGGCAGUUUUGAGUGAUGACAAAUAUUUCAAAAGUUUCAUUAUCAGUAAUUCUACCGCAUUUGGUCUGGCAUUUACCUCAAUACUACUCCACUUUCUGGCUUCUGUUUCAGCGAAGCGGCGAGUUUACGUUUAUGCACGCUUGAUAAACAUUGCCUUUGUUUCGAAUUAUAUAUCUGCUCUCCUCAUUCUCUCUGCCUACAUUGCAGGAUCAAGAGCAGUGUUGCCUAAGUCUUUAGCAGAUGAUACCCUAACGCAAUCUGCCGUUGGUCUUCUCGUAUUUUGUUUUCUUUCCUGUUUACUAUAUGUAGGGAUCGAAAUUAUAUUUUUCUUUCAGUACUGAGUGUUAGAAAUUAUAAUUGCCACUCUGCUGUUGUAUAUGUUUAUGUUGAGAACUUCAAGUGCUCAACACUUUUUAUAUGCUAUUUCACUCUUACCAACAUGACAAGUCUGUAAUAAAGAUAAUCAUCAAGUUGGCGAGGCUA